CAAAUACUUGGUCUGGCUAGAGGUGUGAGUUGGUCAGCUGAUGGAAAGCAGACCUGGGGCACAGGGAGAAAGAAAGCUGGCAAGUUCCAGCCUUUCAAGAAGCUGUUCGGCAGGAGGAAGAAAAGGGAGCCAGUGUCAGCCUGCGAGGAGAGCAAGCUGAAGCCCAGCCACUCCUUCGGCAACAUCUGCACCAGCAGCUCCUCCUCCUCCUCCGAUGAGGAGCCCAGCGGUGGGCUGAGGUCCUCCCAUUAUUCUAUGGGCAGUCGAGCCUUCUCCCAUGACAGCAUUUUCAUACCUGAUGGGAGAACAGAGAGUGACCAGGCCAUCCAAGCAAUGUCACAGGAGAAUGUCCUAGGGAAAGUCAAAACUCUCCAGCAACAGUUGGCCAAGAAUAUAAAGUUUGGGCAGCCCUCACAAAUGACAGUUUCUGUGAGGGCCAUGGAGGAGGCAAACCCUAGCAUGGAAGAGGAUGUGUUGCUCGGUGCCCCCAUGGAGAUUGAGACUCAGCAGGACACAGGGAUCUCAGACAGUGGUAAUAAAUUCCCCGACACUCCAGAGUUUGUGAGAACAUUGAAUCGUCCUGGAGCAGGACGUGGAAUGGAAGAAAAGGUCCCUCCCAUCAAAUCAUCUCGACCAAAAAGACAAUUCUCCUGCUCUGGCACAAUUGAAACCAUCAAUCUGGAUGCAGUGCCCCAGGCUGUUGCUCGGCUGGACAACAGUGCAGCUAAACACAAGCUGGCAGUGAAGCCAAAAAAGCAGAGGAUGUCAAGAAAGCACAAGAGAUUAACAAAGGGCUCACAAAGUUUAACGAUCACAGAAUUUGAGCCAGAGGACCUAGAAAUGAAGCUCUAUGGAGACAGAUACCCAGGUUACAAUGGACACAUCAUAGCAGACAAGAUAAUCCAGAACAGAAGUGAGCAGCAGCAGCUCCAGCUGGCAGAGGAGAGAAGAACUGAAGAUCAUUGGAGCAUCCUGGAGGCUGAGAGGAUACGGCAGAUUGUAGAAAUGGAGGAACAAAGGGACCUGGAAGAGCAAAGGUGCCAGGAACUUGAGCAGAAGCACAAGGAGCAGGAGAGAAGGCAGUGUGGAGAAGAGAAGCAGCGUGUCCUUGAAGGAGAGCCAACUCUGAACAUAGAACACCAAGCAUCCCAAAAGGAGGAGAGAAGGCUGCUGGAAGGUGAAGACAGGCAAGAACUCGAGGAGCAAAGGCACCAGGAACUGGAGAAGCAGAGACAGGAGCUGGAGGAGCAACAGGGUCAAGACCUGGAGGAGCAGAAAUGUCAGGAACGAAAGGAACAAAAGAGACAAGAACUGGAGGAGCAGAGGCACCAGGAAUGGGAGGAACAACAGAGACAAGAGCUAGAGAAACAGAAACACCAGCAACAGGAAGAGAAAAAGAGACAAGAGCUGGAGGAGCAGAGGCACCAGGAAUGGGAGGAACAACAGAAACAAGAGCUGGAGAAGCAGAAACACCAGGAACAGGAGAAAAAGAAACGAGAGCUGGAGGAACAAAAACACCAGGAACUGAAGGAGAAAAGGAGACAAGAGCUGGAGGAGCAGCAACACCAGGAACAGGAGGAGCAAAAGAGACGAGAACUGGAGGAACAGAAACACCAGGAACAGGAGGAGCAACAGAGAAGAGAGCUGGAGGAGCAGAAACACCAGAACAAGGAGGAGCAAAAGAGACGAAAGCUGGAGAAACAGAAACACCAGGAACAGGAGGAACAAGAGAGACAAGAGCUGGAGGAGCAGAAGCUCCAAAAACAGGAGGAACAAGAGAGACAAGAGCUGGAGGAGCAGAAGCUCCAGGAACAGGAGGAACAGAGACAUCAGGAGCUGGAGGAGCAGAAGCAUCAGCAAUGGGAAGAGCAGAGGUGCAAGGAGCUGAAGGAGAAACAGAGACAAGAGCUGGAGGAGCAGAAGAGGCUAGAGCUGGAAGAACGAAGGCAACAUGAGGCUGAAAAGCAGUGUCAGGAGGAAGGAGAAGGAAAGUGGCACAAGGAACAAAAAGAACUCAAGGAACAAAAUGAGGAAGGGAAACAGAGACAAGAGCUAGAAGAGAAAGAGCUUCAAGAAGCUGAAAUAAAACCGAAGCAUGAGACCGAAGUCAAGAGUGUCGAACAGCAGAAGAAAGAGGAGGAACAAAGGCAACAUUUGAAGGAGAAGGGAGGAAAGACAGAGAAGGAACAACCCCAGCAAGCAGUGGACAGGAGAAAAUAUCGGGAAGAGCACAAAAAACACAAACUCACAAAGCAAAUGCACUUGGAAAGUGCAGAGAGUGUGCUGCAAGAGGAGCUGGCACCACAGGAGCAACAAAAUGAACGAGAAUGGAACAAGCUGGAGGAGCAGAGGCUAAACACAGGACAAAAUCCUCAUCAAAACCAGCAAGAAAAAUCCUUGGAAGAGCCACAGGACAAGGAUCAGCUGCGUUCUGGAGGGGCUGACAGGCAUCCAGUAGAGGAGAAGCUCCAAGAAGCAUUGAGAUCCCAGAAACUCAAAACAGAAAGAGGAGAGAAAACAGCAGAAGAAGUCCAAGCCCAGAAGCUGAAGAAAGAAGUGGAGGCUCAGGAACAAAAGCGAAUAGGGGAAGAACUUCGGUGGCAGGAGGUAGAUGAAAGACAAACGGCAUCCAGACCCUUCACGUUCCAAGUGUCUUCUGGAGACAAACAGAUCAUAUUUCAGAAGGUCAACCUGAGUCCGGUCAUGCCCGUCAAAGGCGCAGGUCUCCCUUCUGUGCCCAGCAAGGAGUGCAGGCUGCAGGCUGCCGGCCAGGGUCCCCCCCGGCUGCCGGCGGCGGGGUGCGUGCCCCACACGGCCAUCCUGGUGACCGGGGCACAGCUCUGCGGCACCGCCGUCAACCUGCACCAGAUCAAGGACUCGGCAUGCAAGUCCCUGCUGGGCUUGACGGAGGACAGGAGGAAUGUGGAGAUUCCUUCACUGGAAAAGGGCCGGAGAAAGCCCCAGGACCCCAAGCCCGGCGGCAGCAGCAAGGUGAGGUACGGCCAGGAGGCGGCGGAGAACCAGGCGGUGCUGGCCGAGUGGGCGUCCAUCCGCUCCAGGAUCCUGAAGAACGCAGAGAGCAGCAGGUACGGCGAGAAGGAACGGGGCGGCGGCUGCAGGCACAGCGACGACUGGACCCCGCGGGGGCGGGCAGCGCCCCACGGCAGCCUGAGGAAAACCCUGUCUGCAAACGCCAAGUUCUCCAUCACGCCGGCCUGGCAGAAGUUCUCGGAAGCUUCCAGAGCCAGCCCGGGCGCCGAGAGUGUCGGCGCGGUGAAGGGCAGCGCGGCAGAGGCUGGGGGUAGGGUCGCCAUCUCCAAGGAGGAGGUGGCUGCCACUGGCAAGGAGAACUUAGCUGGAAAGGCUAAGGAGAAAGUGGAAGCCCACGGGAACACAACAGACAACACAGAAGGCUGUAAAUUUGCAAAAGAUCUUCCAUCUUUCCUUGUUCCAAGUUUUCCUCCUUCUUCGGGUAAAGAAUUGUCCCAGGCAGAGCUCCCCAGCGCUGCGGAAAAUCAGCAGAACAGCAGCACCAAAAAAGCAGACAAAGCAGCAGCCAAUGGGGAAGAAAAUGUUUCUCCUUUUGGGAUAAAGUUACGGAGGACAAACUACUCCUUACGCUUCCACUAUGAUCAGCAAGCAGAGCAGAGGAAGAAGAAAAGGUACAGUGCAGGAGACAGCUUUGAUGGUGUGCCUGACCCACUGGUCACCAUGGAAGGGGAGAAAGAAGCCUCUGGUUUUGCUGCAGAAGAGAACACAUCCCCUGGCAUGGGGAGAGGGAGCGUCCCUGCUCAUUCCAAAGACGACUCAGUGACAGUGGUGGAGGCUUCACAGCCACCAGGCACCCCGGUGACCCUUCCAGCCACUGCCCAGAGCUCUGUGGCCCUCCAUGAGAAACCAGCCUGCAAGCCACUGGCCACGCAGAAACCUGCGAUAGCUCCGAAGCCCAGCAGUCAGACACCACCAGCAUCUCCUCUUGCUAAGCUGAACAGGUCAAGCCUAGCAGACACACUGGGCCAGAGGCUGGUCAAGGCUGAAUCAGAGUGUGGCUGGAGGAAAGAAGACAGAGCCCACCCAGUGUACCCUGCACCAGCCCACGAGUGCAAAAACGAAGAGGAAGAAGUCCGAGAGAAGAAGUCAUUUUUCCCAUCUUUGAGUAUUCCCUGGAGAGAAAAAAAUGACAAAAAGCCUGAGCCACCCAAGAAAGAGAAGCCUGUCCUGCAGAGCAGGCACUCCUUAGAUGGCUCCAAACUGAUGGAGAAAGUGGAGACCUCCCAGCCGCUCUGGAUUACACUGGCGCUGCAGAAGCAGAAGGGCUUUCGGGAGCAGCAGGCUACGAGGGAGGAGAGGAGACAAGCCAGGGAGGCAAAGCAAGCAGAGAGGCUGGCUAAGGAAAUUGCUGCUGCAAGCAAUCAGUCAGAUAAUAAAAGCACCAGCAGCAGCAGCAGCAAACCAAGCACACUGCAGAAAUCUACCACCCAAGAAGGGGAGAAGAAAACAGAGACUGCUGUGACAAGACUAGAAAGAAGGGACCAGCUGAAGAAGUCCAACACUCUCCCAACCUCUGUGACAGUGGAGAUUUCAGAUUCUGUUCCAUCAACCCCACUGGCAAAGGAGGUGGCCAAGAGAUUCUCUACGCCUGAUGCUAACCCUGUGUCAACAGAACCAGCCUGGCUGGCCUUAGCCAAAAGGAAAGCAAAGGCCUGGAGUGACUGUCCACAGAUCAUCAAGUAA